AUAAGCAUUGUUGCAGGACAGACUUCUGUGCCUGGCAGCUGGUAGAAGAACGGAGGAGACGUGUACUACAGAAGCUCUCUGCAUUUGUAGAAGACAAUAAGCGUUGAAUUAAACGAUCAAUGCCAUUGAAAGACUUCGUCAAGGCUUUUGCAGAAUAAGCUAAAGCAGCACCACAGGGGAAAGAAUAGCAGCUAAGAGGACAACUAUGCCUACUCUUUCUGCAUCAACUGAUGCCGUCGUCCCACCUCCAUCUCCAGUGGACAAGAGUCCCAGAAGACUGUCCUGGAGCAAGCUGGUGCAGCGGCUGACGGAUUUCAGCACAUCUGCGAACAGCAGCAUAGAUUUGGGGUACAACAGCGACAGUGGGAGUGAUCUCUCUGACUCAGGGUCCGACACCUCGAAUGACCUGACUCCCUCUUACGAGGACCUCUUUCACGAUCCAAUGGAGGAGCUGAUCCUGAAGGACGUGGUGGAGCUAAUUGCAAACAGUUUACGAGAAGCCAAAGACGCAGACUGCGCCUUGCGGUGCAGCAAACUGCUCAUCCCGGAGAAACUUCUGGAGAACAUCGGACAGGAGCUCCUCCACCUGGCAGCCAGCGAGCCCUGUGGACUUAGGGGGGCUCUCAUCGACCUGUGCGUAGAGCAAGAUAUGGUCUGUGAGAGCAUAGGGCAGCUAUCUGUGGACCCCUACCUGGUGCCCACCUUUCAGCUGACUCUGGUGUUGAGGCUGGAGUCUGGGGGCCUGUGGCCCAAAAUCCAAGGACUUUUUAGCUCCAAGUCUCCCUCCGCUCCAGUAGUGAGACAGGCCAUCAAACUGAGCACUGGUUUUCGUGUGAUCAAGAAAAAACUGUAUUGUUCUGAAGAUCUCCUUAUUGAAGAAUGUUGAACGACAUGGGGGACUGAACGAGCUGACCGAGUCUAAUAGAAGGGUCUUAUUACAGUUACUGUACGACUGAUGGUACCUGAGGAGUCCACAUGUUGGCUGUAGUUAUUGGUUUACAUCGGUUUAAGUUCAUUGCACCUGAAGGAGGCGCCGCUCAUCGAUGACAUUCCAUCUUGUUUUUAAUGUUAUUUUGUAAUCACCAUGCUUUAAAGAGUUACUAGCAUUUGUGCAGGUAUAUUGAUGUAUACCUUGGUUUCUGUGGAAACUACACAUUGGCAGCUAGAGAUAAGUUUAUAGUCGUUGUGCUUCUUUUUACAUUUUUUUUUGUAUUACCUGACAAUUUACUCCCAAAUAACAAUUUUUUUGUCGAGCAGACUGUGAGGGAUCUGAGUGACUGAGACGAAGGCUGACGCAUACAGAAGGCCUCUGUAGAAGAGCUUGAUAUCAUGUAUGUGUGUAGACCUGCUUUCAACUUUAUUUAUUUGAUAUUCAAAUACUCAUUUUGACAUAACAUUGCACUGAUUUUUGUACUUUCAUGAUCACAAAUAAAUUAUUUUUGUAAGAA